CCUUGUCGGCUUCUUUCUGAUUGGUCCAUUGCUGAGCUUCUCUCUUCCUCAUCGGUGAGUCCGUCGAGAGCGGUCCUGUCGUCUAUGUAGAAGCUGCUCCUUGUGCCUUAUCAACGCUGCCUCUACCAAACGAUGACAACUCUCGCACAGACAAAAGAACUGUUCAGGAGAGCGGACGCUGUCUGUUUUGAUGUGGACAGCACGGUCAUCAAAGAGGAAGGCAUCGAUGAACUCGCCAAGUUCUGUGGUGUCGGGGACGCUGUCAGAGAGAUGACUCGUAAAGCCAUGGGUGGCUCCAUGACGUUCAAGAAGGCCCUCACCGAGCGACUCUCCAUCAUCAGAUGUUCCAGAGAACAAGUGAACAAGCUCAUAACAGAUCACCCACCUCAGCUGACACCAGGCAUCAAGGAGCUCGUGGAGCGUCUCCAUGAAUGCAACAUAAAGGUGUUCCUCAUCUCCGGCGGCUUCCGCUGCAUUGUCGAGCACGUGGCCACACAGCUGAACAUUCCUCUGCACCAUGUCUACGCCAACCGACUCAAGUUCUACUUCAACGGAGAGUACGCUGGUUUUGAUGAAGUCCAGCCCACAGCUGAGAGUGGCGGCAAAGGAAAAGUAAUAAGCAUGCUGCAGGAGCAGUACGGCUUCGAGACUGUGGUGAUGAUCGGAGACGGAGCCACGGACCUGGAGGCCUGUCCUCCAGCUAGCGCUUUCAUUGGAUUUGGAGGGAACGUCGUCAGGCCUCAAGUUAAAGAGAGAUCCUCGUGGUAUGUGACAAGCUUCCAGGAGCUCCUUAAGGAGCUGGAGAAGAUCUAAAGAUGCUACAAGAACUCUGUAACUAAUUUAACAUUUUAUAUUUGCACCCAAAGGUGUGCCAUUGGUAGUUUUAUUUACCAUCGCACCCUUUCCAUUAGACUGGAGCAGAUUUUUAUAAUGAAACUAACGGUUUACACUAAUCUUACCCUAAUAGGGAUGUCGUCCUAUUGGUUUUUAUAACAUACUAAAAGAAAAUAAAGUGUGGAAGUCGAGACGACUUUUAGCAGAGGUUUUUGCACUUUUCACACCCAAACCUCUCGGUAACUUUUAGGUAUUAAACUAUGGCAUGUGCAAUGAGUAAUACGUAUGUUAGAGAUGUGAUCUGUAAUGAGUGUGGAGACGUCCGGCAUUAAAAGAUGACAACAUGCUAUAAAGGAUGUCUGAAUGAC